GAAGUCAAACAUCCUGUCGCGAGAGGGGAAAUUUGACGCGUAGAUUUUAAAACUGUCACCAGUUCAGACAAGACUUAUCUCUUUUAUUGGUACCUACUCUGCCUCCAGUCCUGUGAUUUAGUCUUGCCGCUUGACUUCCAUACUGUAUAGUGCGUUCUAGAACUGCAUCAUGAGUUUCACCCGCAAGUUACGCCGCUGCCAUUACUUCUGUUUGUCAUGCGCGAUUCUGUUAGUCAUUCUCCUUUCCUCUGUGAACUUUUAUUCGUACGGCCGAUAUGAACUACCAAGGGACACCCUUGGCAUGAUCCCGCCUUCACCCGCAGAAAUGCAACAUCAAGAGUCCACGAAGGAUAUUGACCCAAGCGAGGAGCAGUUGACGAAAAAGAUCAUCGCUCCGCUUUUCCCGAUUCAGGAUCGGAACAACAAGUUUUUCGUGGAGGCCGGUGCCCUGGACGGGAGGACAAUAUCGAAGACCCUCUACUUGGAAGAGAACUACGGAUGGACGGGACUUUUGGUGGAACCGAAUCCUCAUCUUUUCCAAAAGGUGAUCACGCAGAAAAGAAAUGCUUGGCUUGCCCCCUAUUGCCUCUCACCCGAGGACAACAUCAAACAUGAGUUGAUGGAAUAUCCAUAUGACCCGAAAGAUCCAAUAGCUUCCUGGGGAGGUGGGAUCAGCAACAAAGGGAAGAAAAUCAAGGGAGCCAUUAAGAAAGGCAUUCCCAUCUACUCAACCCUGGUCAAGUGCUAUCCCCUUCACAUGCUCUUGGACGCUUUGGACAUCACGACCGUGCACUUUUUCAGCCUGGACGUGGAGGGACUCGAACUGAAAGUUCUCAAGACGUUGCCUUUUCAUCGCAUUCAGUUUCACGUGAUCGAAGUGGAAUUCAUUUUUAACGACGAAGGGAAGCAGGCUCUCAAAAACUUCCUUCUUUCACUGGGAUAUAAACUGAAGUUACGCAGUUUUCGUCCCUCCAGCCUGUCAUGCGCGGUUCUAUUGGUCAUCCUGUCCCUCCUUUUCUUUCUGAACUUUUCUUCGUACGGCCGAUAUGAACAACCAAGGGACACCCUGGGCAUGAUCCCGCCUUCACCCGCAGAAAUGCAGCAUCAAGAAUCCACGAAGGACACUGACCCAAGCGAGGGGCAGUUGACGAAAAAUCUCAUCGCUCCGCUUUUUCCCAUUCAGGAUCGGAACAACAAGUUUUUCGUGGAGGCCGGUGCCCUGGACGGGAGGACAAUAUCGAAGACCCUCUACUUGGAAGAGAACUACGGAUGGACGGGACUCUUGGUGGAACCGAAUCCUCACCUUUUCCAGAAAAUGACGACCCAAAACAGAAAUGCUUGGCUUGCCCCCUAUUGCCUCUCACCCGAGGACAACAUCAUACAAGAGUUGAUGGAAUAUCCAUAUGACCCGAAAGAUCCGAAAGCUUCUUGGGGAGGUGGGAUCAGCAACGAAGGAACGAAAAUCAAGGGACCCUUUAAUAAAGACAUUCCCAUCUACUCAGCCCUGGUCAAGUGCUAUCCCCUUCACAUGCUCUUGGACGCUUUGAUGUAGUGCUGGCACGUGAAAAAGUCGGACCUGCACCUCCCUGAGCUUGACUUUCAAGAGUUCUGCAACGGAAAAGUAGCGUAAGUCAAAGUGCACUAGCUUCACCUUAAGUAAAAAUUGCU